GAGAGUAAAACUUGGGCAAUCGCUGCAUGCCUGCACAUCCAUCGGGGCGCCUCUAGGUCGUCCGUCGGCCAUCGCGGAUCGCCGCCGAUCUAUCGCCUCUCCACGUCCUACGCACUCCGCACUUGGCGGCGCGCACAUCUGGCCGGUAAGUAGCCAACGACGGCGUGCGCCCCAUCGUCUUAUCCUGUUUCUGUUUCGUGAGUGUGCUCUGCUUCCAUACAUCGGAUAGCCAGGACCAAUCCUAAAGGGUCGGCAGUUAUUAUGAUACCAAGCACGGAAGAACACGAUCCGUGGAAUCCUCCAUACAAAUGUGCUCAUGGUCCUGCCAAAGACUUGGCAGAGCAUACCAAAUUAAUGAAGCAGCUGGCGAAGCUCUUGCUGCAUACAUUCGGGCACAUCCAGAGGUCCCCUAUGCCAAGCAGGUGGCUCACGAUGAGGUUCUGCAACGUGUCUCAUCGAUUCUGAAUAACCAUGGUUUUUGUCCUACUGGAGAAUGCAUCAACAUAGAAAAUCUGUUGUCCGAUGAAAAGUUGUCCAAGAAACAUGAUGGGUUUGCUACAACGGAGAAGGCUGCCAGAAAGAAACAACCUAGAGGAUGGGAGGCCGAACAUGCAAGGAGAAGCUACGGGAAAUCCGUGUUAUUAUCCCAGUUGAACGCAAAGGUGGAGCCUCGCAGCACCCUGAUAGAAUUGAAAACCAUGAGAGAGAUGGAAGAAAUUCGGAAUAAGGCAGCCGAAGGAUCCUCUCCAAUUCCAAAUAACAAUCUUGGUUUGCCGGGAAGAAUUCCACGAUUGACAAAUAGUCAUCAAUCCAGGAGGCUGUUUGGUACUGUAGCAUCGACAGCCUUGAAACUGUUAAAGCAUGCAUGAGUUGAGAGGUAUGUCAUAUUGUGACCUAAACAGACAGAAAAGGUGAAUGAACAUUGAGAUACAAGCGUUGUUC